AUGUAUACAGCACAACAAAAUCAAUCGGCUUUUACAUAUUGGACUCAAGAUGCCCCCAUGGUUGCAGGCUUGACAAAUGGUACAUUUGGAUCAUCUCAAGCUACUCUCUGUAUCAAUCAAGGAAUAAGGAUUGCAAAUGACAAUGCUCUCUACAUCGUCGAUUUGCUGAAUAAUCGAAUUGUUAUAAUGGAACCUAACUCAAUUACGGCUGUAGCUAUCAUUAAAACAGGAUCUAACUCCAGAAAUCUAUUUAUGUAUCAUUCGAUUGAUGUUUUUUUUACUCAAAAAUUAUAUCUACGUCCCAGACGUAUUCAAUUAUCAAGUAGUAAAAUAUUUAUAAAUGGAACAGAUCCAGUUACCGUAGUCGGAAUUAAAGGUGUAUUUGAAACCAGUCUAAAUACAUCAACAAUCGAUCUUCCCAGCUAUUUAUUUGUCGAGAAUAAUGAGAACUUAUAUGUGAGUGACAUGCAAAACAACAUAAUGAUUUGUUAUCCAUCGAGGUCAUCGGGUGGUAUGCCUGGUGUGAUAGUCGCUGGCAACGGCACCCAAGGAAGCAGCACUUUACAGCUAAAUAUGCCAAAUGGAAUAUUUUUCAAUGAUGCUGGAACACUGUGCAUUGCAGAUUCUCAAAAUCAUUGA